CCGCCGCAGGCGCCUCCCCCCUCGCUCGCCCCGUCGCAUUAUGGCGCGGCGGCGCCGCCGUCGCGCGUUCGGCGGCCGCCCGGAGCUCCGCCUGGCCUACGGCUCCCACGCCCGCCCGCUCGGCCGCGCGAUCAUCGCGCUGCUGCCCCCGUCCCCGCCCCCCGGCGCCCCCUGCCCCGUCUGCCGCGGCGCGGCCUCCGGGUGCCUCGCGUGCCGCCGCUGGGCGCACCUCCUCCGCGACGGCGACCCCGUCGCGUACCGCCGCCUCGUCACCCGCGCCGUCUGCGCCGUCGAGCCCGAGCCGGCCGCGCCCCCGCCGCCGCGGUACACCCCAGGGAACGCCGGGCACUCGCAGGCCCAGCUCGUUCGGGAGACGAUAAAGUGGAUCUUGACGGAUCGCUCCUGUAGAACCAAGAACGUCCUCUGCAAUGGUAUCCAUCAGGGUGGCCAGGCUAACCUUGUUUCUUCUUCAUCCUGGAAUAUUCUCCUGCAUAGAAUUGGGGAUCUUCUCAUGUGCUAUAUUCUGCGGCAUUCAGCAGUCUUUUUGCCCAUUAAAAAGAGUGAUUACUUUCAGGUGACUGGUGUUCCACUCAACAUUGUUCUGCACAAGCCUAUAUUUGCCAGUACCAUGGCAAGAAAACAACAAUCCAGAUCUACAAAAGUCAAAUGUCCUAUGUGCCAUGUGUUGCGUAAUGCAAAGAUGAAACUAAACAUAACCGGAGGCAAUCGUGGCAACAGUUCAGACUCUGCGUUUUACUGUUCAGAUAACACUCAGAAAUGUGAUGCUCUACAAAGUUCUGGAAGUUGUGAUGCUGAAAGAGUUAUAAAGCCUAAUUGUUCAAGUGAUGGAUGUAACUGUUCCAAUUGCUUUACCCGGAAGCCUAGGAAAAGAAAAAGAUUGUACAGCUGGCAGCGCUGCAGUAAGCAGAAGCAGUUCUGUAACGAAGAUAACUUGACAGAGUUAAGUAAAUUAAACGACAGUAAUUACGCUCUGUGUAAUCUCUUAUCAGAUGGCUCAGCUGCUGGAGUCAAUGGUCAAACACACUCCUUGAAGCGUACUGCAGAUAACAUUUCUAUUGGAAUGAACAAUGGUGAAUUUGUUUCACAAACUGAAGAGCCAUGCAAUGUACCUGUCCUGUCAUUAAAGAAGCCACCUAGUUCUGUGUUAGAUACUAGUCCUUCCCAGGAUCUAUUGUGUGGUUACAGUAAAUCAGGAGUCCAAUGUACAAGUCCCAAAGUAGGACCCUCCAGCUACUCACAACUGAAUAGUGGUUCCAUCUGUUUCAAUUGCUUAAUGUUGAAUGCUUCGAAAUGUGUGUCAGUAGAUUCUUUGAUACCAAGACAGGCCAUUUUCUAUAACAAAGAAAUAUCUGAGAAUGUCUUCCAUCGCAGCAACUUGACAAAUAAAAGGAAAGGACCAGACGCACUGUCUUUAUUAAAGCGCAUAUUUGGAAUCAAGGAAUGCUGCAUAAAGUUCUUCCAAUGUGAUUGCCAUGGAUCUUCCAGACCAAAUUCUAAUUGCCUGAUAAUAUGUUCAUCACUUCAUCUUUUUGAUUUUUUAUCUAUCUGGCUCUAUUAUUGUAAGUGGUUAAUGAUUCCUGUUACCAGGUAUCAUUGGAUGCUUCAACUAGUGAAAAAUCUCGUAAGGAAUUCUAAACGCUGCCAGUACAAGAAACUAUUUCUGAAGCAUUGUUCUGUUAAGUCUAAGGUGGCAAAAGAUGGGCUCCCUUCAGGCAACAUACAAUAUUCAACAGGAGGAAAAUCAGCAUAUUGUGGUGAAUCUUUUGCUCAGUUGGAAGCUUACAGUACACAUCAGCAAGUAGUAUCCUUUGUCUGGGCAGUGUUGACACGUAUCAUACCACAGCCUUUGUUAGGGAAUCCUUCUAGUAAGAGAUCUUUAAGGGUGAACAUUUGGAAGUUUAUAAGGUUACGCAGGUUUGAAACAUUUCAAGUAACUGAUUGUAUUCGUGAGUUGAAAGCACCAGAAUAUUCUUGGCUAUCAAAAAUUGGAUUCACUAGUUGCUUUUGUUCUGUACUACUUGGAGAAGAGACUGGGCUGUCAAAUGGUACAGAGGAGCAGAAACAGAACAAUCUCUUGCAUUGUUGGAUUAGCUGGUUAUUUUCUGACAUUGUGAUCCCAUUGAUCAGUACAUACUUUUAUGUUACAGAAAGAGAAACAAAACGAUAUGAUGUUUUCUAUUAUCCAAAGUCAGUGUGGAGGAACCUAACUAGCAAUACUAUUGCUUCCUUAAAUGCGCAGAGCUUCAAGAUUUUGCGUGGUACAUCGAGGAGAGCAAUAAAACAUUUGUACCGUUCUUCAAGAGUGAGAUUUCUUCCAAAAGCAAAAGAUAUCAGACCAUUAGUAAAUUUUAAAGCUCAGUCAAAGGAUGGUAUUCUCUACAAGUGUCAUUUAGUUAUUAAAAAAAUAAGGGAUGAUAACCCAGAGAUGUUUGGUUCUUCUGUUUUUGAUUAUGAUGGUGUUUACAAAAAUCUUUCCAGUUUUAUGUCUUCAGUAAGAAGACAGUUGAAAGAGUCAAAGAUAUAUAUUGUGGUUGCUGAUGUAUCUAAGGCAUUUGAUUGUGUUAAUCAUGACGUGCUACUGAAAAUUAUGGAUGAUGUUCUGAAAGGUGAUGAGUAUGCCUUGAGAAAAUGUACCAAAGUAAUUUACAGUAGGUCUAAGAAUGUGGCUUACCGCUUUGAUUCAAAUGUAUCCGUCAGCAACGGAAACGGUAUUAACGAUUUCUCAAUUCAGCCGUCAUCAGGUGGUGGCAUUCUAGUUGAUCAGGGAACUGUUAGUACAAUUCGGAAGGAAGAGCUUCAACGUGUCCUUUUCGAACAAGUCAAGUGCAAUAUUCUGAAGAUUGGGCAUAAUUUUUACUUGCAGCAAGUAGGGAUUGCUCAAGGAAACAAGUUAUCCCCUAACCUUUGUUCCCUAUACUAUGGUCACCUUGAGAAUUCUGUGAUAUUGAAUUUUCUGCAUGAUGGAAAUUCAGGAGAUGCUAUUUCAGAACCGGAAUUUUUAAUGAUGAGGUUCAUUGAUGACUUCAUGUUUAUCUCUCUCUCAAAGAAGCAUGCUUUGAAUUUCUUUAAUAGGAUGAGAAGAGGUUUUGUGUACUACAAUACUUACAUGAAUGACAGCAAAUAUGGUUUUAAUUUCAACAUUGGAGAUAACGAGCAGUGCGAUAAUAGGCUCUACAGGGGCGAUGAUGGAGUCACUUUCAUACCAUGGAGUGGUUUGCUUAUAAACUGUGAAAAUUUAGAAAUUCAAGCUGAUUAUACAAGGUAUUUAGGCAUUACAAUCAUCUCCACGAUCACUGUGAAGAUGCAUUCUUCCAUGAAGUACCUUCGUAGCAAGCUAUGUCAUUAUAUGCGCCCGAAGUGCCAUCCCAUUUUCUAUGACUCCAAUAUCAACUCACUGGGCACUGUAAGACUGAAUAUAUAUCAAGCCUUCCUGUUAUGCGCAAUGAAGUUUCAUUGCUAUAUGCAGAGCAUGCCUUAUUCCAGCAUAAGCAAACCCGAGUUGCUGCAUGUCAUUAAGAAGACCUUCAGGUACAUGCAUAGUCUGAUUGUUAGCCGUAUGCAAGAUAUGGAGCUGCAAUCCAAUGUUCGCCCAGUUCUAAAGCUAAGACGCAAAGAAACCAAUUGGCUUGGACUAUCUGCCUACAUCCGCGUGCUUCAAAAGAAACAAUCUCGUUACAAGGAUUUGUUGGCGUUGUUGAUAGCAGAGGCUGAGGGUUAUGGUCAUAUGGACCGUGAUUCUGACAGUUUGUGCUAUGCUGUGGAUGAUUCUCACUCGUCAAUGUUCUGGAAGUUCAAAUAUUAGAAGGAAACUCGAGGGGCCUGAGUAUUGCAGAGAACUCUUAUUUUGUGGGUACAGUUUUAGCAGGAUUUGGCUUAUAUACAGCUCUACCUGCCAUAUCAUCAGGUAGAAAGGGUGAAAACUAGUUGCUUCUGGAAUGGCAGUAACAUUCAUCAUGUUUGCGCCAAGCUUUCACUUCAUAGUCUUGUUGCAGCAUUUUAUAUGUUCCUAUAUCUGAUCCCAUGUGUCUGAUUAGCUGCUAAAUUCAUUAACAAACAAGCAUCAUAGCUCUACAUCACAUUUUACUUUAGUCAUUAAUCUUUUGCGCCGUUGUUAUGAAGAGAUGGUUAAAUGUCAAAGAACAUCAUCGAAAGAUUCUUAUUAUAGAAGCCUUGAUGAGCAAA